AUGGUCGAAGAGACCGCGGACAAUUCUAAUAUUAAGCAUUAUCUUCCUAGCAAGUCUAGUUGGUGCUCUUGCACUAUUGUGACAACUUUGACGCAUACGAUCAUGAGCGACCUGGAGUCGUCCUUGGUUGUCUCGUGGUUAGGUGCCAGUUAUCUCAUCGCGACUGCUCUUGUCCAACCUCUGUGUGCUUUCGCUUUGGGAAAUUUCACAUGCAGUAUUGCAGAGUCACUUGCAUUCCUGGUGGUUGGCCGAGCCCUGUCGGGAAUUGGAGGCGGUAUCCUUACUAUCAUGGCCACCAUUGUUCUGACAGACGUUACUCGAACCGAAGCAAGGGGUCUAUGGCAAGGCAUCAACAAUAUCGUGUUUGGAUUCGGCCAUGGGUCUGGGGGUCUUUUUGGGGGACUCGUGGCACAUCGCUGGUCAUGGAGAGUUGCAUUCAUGAGCCUUUCUGUUCCCGCGCUCCUUAUUAUGCUCGGGGCGACACUCCUACCAGAACCAAUCAGCAGGCAUAACCAGAUCGCUGACAAUGCUUCCGCUGCAGAAGAGUCGACAGCCACUGGUAAUGAGGACGUCCCGUUGCUUCCAAAGCUCAACUCAAGCGGAAGAAAGGUUGACACCAUGGGUACUAUCCUGCUAUCCUUAGGACUAGGGUCAUUAUUGGCAUCGAGCCAGCAGUUGGAGUUUGGCAGCUCAAACUUGGAUCUAAGGCUGGUCGCAUUUGGGUUUGUGAUUUCUUUCAUUAUGCUCACCGCCUUCUCGUAUCACAGCGUUUUCAUGACAAAGGAUGCCCUUUUACCCCUCGGCCUUCUGACUAAAUCCCCGAGUGUUGGCUACAGCUGCCUCGUCACAUUCCUCUCACAAUUUGGUUUCACAAUUUCUGAGUUCUACUUGCCAUACUAUCUUUCGCUCCAAGAGCAUACCAAGAUGGAAGUUGUUGGCUGGUGUCUAGUUCCCCUAAGCGUGGGCGCAGCGGCAGGCUCUUUCCUUGCUGGGUUUUUAACAUCCAGAUCCAACACGUCACAUUUGUUGCUAGGCUCCUCGGCGGUUGCUUUCAUUGGAACUCUCGGAUCUCCAUAUUCUUAUGGGGGCUUGGAUUUGGGGGCCUUGCUACUGCCAGUCUAG